UUUUAAUUUCUUGAGUUACUUUAUAUUUGUUCUUGAUAUUGUAUUUUAUUCAUGCAUGGUUAGUUUCUAUGAGUAAUUUAACUACUCCCUCUGUUUACUUUUACUUAUUUAAAUUAGACUUCACACAUGCAUCUAGGAUCGGAAAAAUAAAUGAAUUGGUGUAUAUUGUAAGUUUUUACUUGACGGAGAAAUGAUUGAAAUGUUCAUUGGUUAAUGCUAAGGAUAAAAUAAAAAAGAAUCAUUGUCUUUCUCUCGAUAUAUGUUUAAUUGGAUAAGUAAGAGAAGUUAUUUUAAUUUUAGUAUAAUGCACAAGUAAAAAAUGAACGAGAAAGUACAUUUUAUAACAAUUGUUGGUUACAUUAUAAAUAGAUUUGAGGAAGGAAUUCAGGAAAUUUAGGAGGUUAUAUCAACAAGAAGAUCUCAUUACAUAAAAUUUAUAAUUACAGCAAAUUAAAUCUUCAUAUGGAGUAAUUCAAAAAGAGAGACGGAUCUAGAAUAAAAUAUAUGGGUUCACAUAAUCAGUAGAUUUUGCUCAAAUACAUGCAUUAAAUAUCUAUAACAGUAAUAUAUAUUUUGAUUAUGAACUUGUCAAUUGUUAUUGUAUAUUAAGAUUAAGAUUGUUGUACGUAAAAACUAAUGGAACUUAAAUAUCGAUGCCUUCCCAAUCAAGGCACGUUCAUAAUCAUAUGUAUUAUGUAUAUGAUAGCCAUGAGAACUUACGUAGAAAAAUGAAACAAGAAAUAGUCUGAGUUGAUGAAAAUGUGAAACCUCUACGGUGAUUGGAGGCUAGUAGCUCAUUCAGACAUGUAGGGUAAGUCAACCAAUUUAUUUCUCACAUGUUAUGGCAGGAAAAUUAAAGUCAUAGUAACCGGCAGAGUUGUCAAAAAAUUAAUUUUCAGUCUUUAUUUCAAAACCUUUGACCAAAGCAAUUGAAGUAGGGCAAUAUAUGACUUCCUUUACUCAACAGAACCGACCUGUCUUUGACUUUUGGAUACCCAGUUUUGGUUAUAUAUUAUAUCUACUAGUAAUUCUUUUCUAGUAAUACACACGACAUAAUAACUCUCAAAAGUUCAAUUUCAUCAUUAUGCUAUCUUCUUCUUGCAAUAUGUGUUCUUGGGAUGAUCAGCUCGAAUCAGCCAAAGCCGAUAUGGAAGAGGUAAUGGAAGAAAAUCAAAGGCUGAAGAAGCAUUUAGAUCGAGUUAUGAAGGAUUAUCAGAACCUUCAAAUGCAAUUCCACGAAAUUUCUCAAAGAGGUGUCGAAAAAUCCAACAACGUUAAACAUGAUGAAGCUGAACUUGUGUCCCUUAGCCUAGGAAGAACUUCAAGCGACACAAAAAUAGAGUUAUCCAAAAUCUUGAACAAAAAAGAGAAUGUAGAGGAAGAAGAUAACCUAACCCUAGGAUUGGAUUGCAAGUUUCAAUCGUCUGCGAAUGCGCCUACAAAAUCUUCACCUUCAAAUCUCAGCCCGGAGAAUAGCUUAGGUGAAGUUAAGGAUGAAAAAGGAACCGAAACAUGGCCAGCUCACAAAGGUCUCAAGACGAUCAGGGAUGAAGAAGAUGAUGUGGUGCAACAAAACCCUACUAAAAGAGCUAAGGUUUCUGUCAGAAUUAGAUGUGAUACCCCAACGAUGAACGAUGGAUGCCAAUGGAGAAAAUACGGACAAAAAAUUGCAAAGGGGAACCCAUGUCCUAGAGCUUACUAUCGUUGCACAGUAGCACCAUCUUGCCCAGUUAGAAAACAGGUUCAAAGAUGCAUUCAGGACAUGUCAAUCUUGAUCAUCACAUAUGAAGGAACACAUAACCAUCCACUUCCUCUUUCAGCCACAUCAAUGGCUUUCACCACUUCAGCUGCCGCUUCCAUGCUAUUGUCCGGUUCAUCCACCUCCGAAUCAGGCUCUACUAGUACCUCAACCUCUGCCAUUUCCAACGCGCUCAACUACUAUCUCUCCAAUACCUCAAAACCAAACCCAUUUUACCUUCCAAAUUCAUCUAUUUCAUCUUCAUUGCAUUCUCAACACCCUACAAUCACUCUUGAUUUAACAUCAAACUCGUCCACUUCCUCAUUUCCCAACAAUCACAGAAUGCCGCGAUAUAAUAAUAAUUCUUCGACAAAUAUUCUCAACUUCAGUUCCUUUGAAUCUAAUCCUGUUCUUCCUAUGUCCUGGAGCAAUGCAAAUAACCAAGCCUAUAAUAAAAAGAACCAAGAAAUUCCUUCCCAAUCUUACCUACAAAACACUAUUAGCGCGGCGCCUACACAAACUUUAUUACAACAAGACACAAUUUCAGCUGCAACAAAAGCCAUAACAUCCGACCCAAAGUUUCAAUCUGCAUUGGCUGUUGCUCUCACAUCUAUCAUUGGCUCGCGUGGAGCAAAUCGUCAUAUUGAUGAGAAAUCUGGCAAGGAUUUAAAGGUUAACGAACCAUUUCCAGUGCUUUGCAGCUUCCCAUCAACCGCUACAAGUCCAAUUAAAUGUUCUCCAAACAAUACACAGCCUGAAAAGUCAUUGUUUAUGAGGGAAUCGACCAGUUCAGUGCAAUUUACAGCCUCCAAGACUAAAUGUCACAAAGAUUACACACUCUGAUUCAUUUUAAUUAUUUUCUUUAGUUAGAUUUUUUGCUUGUACAAGUAAGAAACUGGUAGCGGCAUCAUUAGUCAGGUUGUAUUUUUUUCCUUUUUAGUGAUUUGGAGAUAUGAAGUCCAAACUGUAGAUAUUUUAGUUUUCAUUAAAUUAUUGACACUUCGCUUUGCUGAUUAGCAUUUACAUUGUAAGAAUUAAGAUCCCUGAUUGAUAGAUCGAUUGACUAUAGCGUAUCUGUUUACUAUAA